CAACAAAAAAUAAGAAUAUCAAUUAAUGAAGAUGUUUCAUAACCUAUAUAAUUAAAUAUCUUCUAAUAUACCAGAUGUAUUUGUAUCAUAAUAUUUUACAUUGUUUGUACUAAUAUUUUGUAUUUUAUUAUUAAUUUAUAUAAAAUAAAUAAAUAAUUGAAAUACAAUAGUCAACUAUAAAAUAAAUAGCCAAAAUGAUGAAAAAUGGUACAUCGAAACUAAAUUGCUUAAGUGGUAAUUUAUUUAGUGUCCUCAGGUAUUUAUCAGCACAAGCUUCAAGUACAGGUAAGGACAAGGAUUUAAAGUUUAACAAUCAAAUUCCAAAACCUAUUAUAUUACCACCUGAAACAACGCCAUCAACACCAUAUCCAAACCCCAUAGUAGAAAUACCAGGACCUAUUGUUGAACCUACACUUCCUCAACCUCAACCUCAACCUCAACCUCACUCAGAUCCUAAACCACCUAUUGAAAUUCCAAUACCUAAUAAAAACACAAUUACAGGCAAUGAAGUACAAGCUAUUAGACAAGAUGAUGUCUUGUUUAAAGACAUAGGGGAUAAAGGUAUUAUUAUAUUAAAUCGCCCUAAAGCACUGAAUGCUCUAAAUUUGUCAAUGGUUGAAAAAAUAUAUCCAGUACUCAAGAAAUGGGAAUCAUCUAAAAGAUUAGUAAUAAUAGAAGGUACAGGAGAAAAAGCGUUUUGUGCAGGUGGUGAUGUAAAAUCUAUUGUUAAUACAUUAAAAGAAACUGAAAAUAAAACCUUAGGUGAAACAUUUUUCAGAAAGGAAUAUGCUUUAAAUUACCUCAUUGGUACAUAUAAAAUACCAUAUGUGGCUAUAAUAAAUGGAAUAACUAUGGGAGGUGGUGUUGGAUUAUCUGUUCAUGGUAAAUAUCGGAUUGCAACAGAAAAAACAUUGUUUGCAAUGCCAGAAACAGCAAUUGGAUUAUUUCCUGAUGUUGGUGGAACUUAUUUUUUACCUAGAUUGAAGGAUAAAUUAGGUCUUUACCUUGGAUUAACUGGAGAUCGUUUAAAAGGCAUGGACGUACUACUUGCUGGUGUUGCAACACAUUUUGUUCCUUCUGAAAAGUUACCAAAUUUAAAGCAAGAUUUACUAAUGACUGAACAAUCUGAUGUUGCGGAAAUCUUAAACAAAUAUCAAUCUGUAACAUGGAAUGAAGAAUUCUGUUUAGCACCGUAUAUGAAUAAAAUUAAUACAUAUUUUUCUUCAUUAUCUGUAGAAGAAACAAUAGAGAGCCUAAAAAAGGAUAAUUCAGAAUGGGCAAAAAAAACAUUGAAAAUGUUAUUAAAAGCAUCUCCCACAUCUCUAAAAGUUACGAUGUUCGCUAUUCAAAAAGGAAGUAUAUUAAAUUUAGCAGACUGUUUAAAAAUGGAAUAUAGAUUAGCAUGUGCUGCUUUAAACAAAACAAGCGAUUUUUGUGAAGGUGUAAGAGCUCUUUUAAUUGAUAAAGAUCAAAAACCAAUAUGGAAUCCUAACAGUCUAGAAGAAGUAACAGAUACUUAUGUAAAUCAACAAUUUGCAAAACUUUUAGAAGAAAAAGAAUUGCAACUUUAAAGUUAAUUACAAUAUUAAGA